AGACUUGAGUUUCAAGAGGCGGAAGGACCCGCAGGUGUUCCGAGACAAACACACGAGACCCUCAGCUUUCCACUUGAGAUCACCGCAACUAGCCAUUCAUUUGCCGAUAGCUGAAUUGGGAUCCACAGAGCCUCAUCUAAGGUGAUAAUGGGUACAGAUGCGUUGCAGGAGCUGAGACAGCAGUGUCUUAGUAGGGGUGCAUCAGGAAUCAAGGGACUUGGAAGAACGUUUAGAAUUAUGGAUGAUGAUGGAAGUAAAUCUCUGGACUUCCAGGAGUUUCAGAAAGGACUGGAAAACUAUGGCGUGUCUGUUGGGAAGGAAAAAGCCCAACAGAUAUUUGCCAUGAUGGACAAGGAUGGUAGCGGUUCCAUCAACUUUGAUGAAUUUCUUGAAAAAUUAAGGCCACCCAUGUCGAACGCUCGGAAGCAGGUGAUCAACCAGGCUUUUCAGAAGUUGGACAAGACGGGAGAUGGACUUGUGACCGUUGAAGAUCUACAGGGUGUUUACAACAGCAAACAUCACCCUAAAUACAAGAGCGGCGAAUGGACCGAGGAACAAGUUUUCCGCUCUUUCCUAGACAGCUUUGAUUCACCAUAUGAGAAGGAUGGCAAGGUCACGCUUGAGGAGUUUAUUAACUACUACAGUGGAGUCAGCGCCUCUAUUGACAGUGAUGAGUAUUUCAUCACCAUGAUGAAAAAUGCAUGGAAACUCUAGUCACGCCUCAGGAGGCCUUCCAUUCAGAUCUGUCCUGAAACGUUGACAUCAGUGUUUCUCAAUCUGGCUCCUCGGGAUAUUUUAAGCAGCUCACUGAUCUGACACAGGCAGAUUAGUGAUGCAUUUAAUCAGGUAUGUAUACUAAUGUGCAGUGCUUGGGAGCCACAUUGGAAAAACACUGAAAAUAAUCAAAUAGUUCAUGUUUGCACGUCAUCUUAAAAUCAAAGUCAGUUAAAUACAGUGCAUUAGAUUCGCCAUUUAAGAUACCAAAUAGUGAAAUGGGGCUUAUGCUAAAAUAAUCACUUGUACAAAUGAUUGUGCCUGUUAUCAAUAAACCUUUGAUUUCUA